GUCGUGCUCGUGGAAACGAGUAGGUGACGUCAGUUCCCCUGUUCGCAGAGAGCGAAACAAACAUGGCGAUAGACUCGAAUGGAAGGAGGUUCACGCUGACUUUAGUCCUCUUUUCUUGUGUUUUGGUGGGCAGAGAAGCCGAGGCAGCGCCUUCAGAGACCAGAACCCCCCCUCGGAUACUCGGCUUCAGGCUGGAGAGGAGCGAGACGCCGGCAGCGACCAGCGAGAGGGGGGUAGUUCAGGUGACCGAGUACAGUGACACCCUCUUCAGGUUCUACGGGCUCCACUUAUCCACGGACUGCUCCAAGAUCAUCGGCUUCACGGAACUUUACACCAGCGACAAAGAGGACGAUGACUUCGGAGCCAUCAGUGUCCCCUUUAAUAGGACUUGUCCUGAUAUCUCGAAGGAUAUAGUUGUGAAGGGGUCCAUGGAUGUACGGAACCAGAACACCACCGGGAUAGUCAGCGUCCAGAUCAAGCAGCUCCGUAAGAGCGAGGUGGUGAAGGUGUUCGCGUUGUGCAUCCGGGACCCCCAGGACCAGGAGUGGUACAUGCUGGAUGACAGAGACGGCAGACUUCGAGUAGUGGAGCAGAAGAAGUCUCUGAUGCCUCUAUGGCUCCAAGUGAUCCUCAUCUCGUUCCUUCUCGUGCUGUCCGGCAUGUUCAGUGGACUGAACCUGGGUCUGAUGGCUCUGGACCCCAUGGAGCUCCGCAUCGUGCAGAGCUGCGGCACCGACAAGGAGAAGAAGUACGCGCGGAAGAUCGAGCCCAUCCGGAGGAAAGGGAACUACCUGUUGUGCUCCCUACUGCUCGGGAACGUCCUCGUGAACACCACGCUCACAAUCCUCCUGGACGACCUCAUCGGGUCCGGACUGGGCGCGGUGGUCGCCUCCACAGUGGGCAUCGUGAUCUUCGGGGAGAUCGUCCCCCAGGCUCUGUGCUCCAGACACGGCUUGGCAGUGGGGGCGAACACCAUCAUGGUCACUAAGCUGUUCAUGUUGUUGACUUUCCCUCUGUCCUGGCCCAUCAGUAAGCUCCUGGACUGCGUCCUGGGUCAGGAGAUCGGGACCGUGUACAACCGGGAGAAGCUGGUGGAGAUGCUGAAAGUCACCGAGCCCUACAACGACCUGGUGAAGGAGGAGCUCAACAUGAUCCAGGGCGCCCUGGAGCUCAGGACCAAAACCGUGGAGGAUGUCAUGACCCCGACCAGCAACUGCUUCAUGAUCCACAGCGACGCCGUCCUGGACUUCAACACCAUGUCUGAGAUCAUGGAGAGCGGGUACACCAGGAUACCUGUGUACGAGGACGAGAGGUCCAACAUCGUGGACAUCCUCUUCGUGAAGGACCUGGCCUUCGUGGAUCCGGACGACUGCACCACUCUGAAGACCAUCACCAAGUUCUACAACCACCCGGUCCACUUUGUGUUCCAUGACACCAAGCUGGACUCCAUGCUGGAGGAGUUCAAGAAAGGAAAAUCCCACCUUGCCAUCGUGCAGAAGGUGAACAAUGAGGGGGAGGGAGAUCCUUUCUACGAGGUGCUCGGUCUGGUCACCUUAGAAGACGUGAUCGAGGAGAUUAUCAAAUCAGAGAUCCUUGAUGAAUCUGAUCUUUACACUGAUAACCGCACCAGGAAAAAGGUGGCGCCCAACAAGAACAAGAGAGACUUCUCUGCCUUCAAACAUGAGAGCGAAUCAAAAGUGAAGGUCUCUCCUCAGCUGCUGCUGGCUGCUCAUCGCUUCCUGGCUACAGAGGUGAGCUUGUUCAGCCCGGCUCAGAUCUCAGACAAAGUGCUGCUGAGGAUCCUUCGCCAUCCCGACGUGAUCCAGGAGAUCAAGUUCAACGACAACGACAAGCGCUCGUUCCAUCACUACGUCUACCAGAGGGGCAAGCCUGUCGACUACUUCGUCCUCAUCCUGCAGGGCCGGGUGGAGGUGGAGGCUGGCAACGAGAAUAUGAAGUUUGAGACCGGACCAUUCUCCUUCUACGGGGUCAUGGCGCUCAAUUCUUCAUCACUGGAGUUUCGUUCACCGUCUCACCUCAGCGGGUUGAACCGUACGGCGUCUCUGAGCGGAGCAGACAGGACAGAGUCGAUGUCCGUCAGCGGCAGCAACAGCCAGCUCAACAACAGCCUCCCAUCACAGCAGUACAUACCCGACUUCUACGUCAGAGCGCUCACAGACCUGCAGUUUGUCAAGAUCACACGGUCUCAGUACCAGAACGGCCUGAUGGCGUCUCGUCUGGACAGCACGCCUCAGUCCCCGGAGAGCGGCCACAACAUGGUCCGCCUGGAGCCGACCACUCCCCCUGCCACCACCCCCACCACCACCAACAUCCCCAUCACAGACCUGGGGGCCGACUCCACUCCCAUGGAGAACGGGCCGGACGAGACGACGCUUCUCCUCCUCAACGAGCAGAACUCUCCGCACACAGCGAACCACCACAGCCAGCUGGAGAACAGCAUCUGACCCCGCCUUCAGACACGUUUCUGCUACGUUUGCACGCAUGCACUACUACGCCUGAAUGUAUGCUGAGGAGGGGAGGAGUGUGUGUGUGUCUGUGUGUGUGUGUGGGUGAGGGGGAUGCAGAAAUAUGCUUUUGCACAAAUGGCAAAGCAUACAGAGAUAAGCCAUGUGCAUGCAUAUUGUGUAAAUAUGCAAGAAUUUAACAUACCAAAGUGUUUGUUUCCCAUCAUGAACAAACACACACUCAUCUCUGAUAGAAAGGAGUGUGUGUGUGUGUGUGUGUGUGUGUGUCUGCACGUGCUUUGUUGUAUUAACUGUCAACAAACACCUGAAGGACCUGCUUGUCUGGACCGUGUAGCUCCUCCUUUCCUUCGCGCCGGUCAAUGAUUUCUGCGGUUAGUGAGUUUCCUCCUCUGUGUGUGUGUGUUUUUAAACGUGUGUGUGUGUGUGUGUGUGUGUUGCUCCCCAUUUCUUGUCCCUAAUCAGAGACUCAGGGAGACCCGCCCCUCAUCCCUCAUCCCUCAUCCCUCAACCUGUGUGCCGCAUGUGUAGCAGCCUGCAAACCCCUCCUCAACAUCCAUACAGCUAGAAGACAAAGACGACCUGAGCAUGUCCGCGGAGUUCAAACAAAGUAAUAUAUGUUCCUUUAGAAAUCUAUAACGAGAUAUUUAUUGAUGGAUUCUGUGCGAGACGGACACAGACGGACACACCAGAGACUCCUACUGACGCUUUUUCAGGCGGGGGAAGGGUGGGACGGGUUCGGGGGUGGAUUUAUAAAAACAUAUAUAGCUAUUUUUCCUUCUUGUUUCCUGAUUAGCCCAGAGCCUUUAUCCCAGAGCUGUUAUAGAUUGAGCAGCGAUAGACAGCGUGUCUGUAUCGUGAUUAAGACAAUCAAUAUGAUCAUUAUGAAUGUGUCAAAUGAAAUGUGUAGGGUACGUUAACUGUGGCCGACCCUGUUCUCUCUGUGAACUCUUUUCUUUCCUCUGAGGAGGCGUGAUGAACUGUUUCAGAUCAAUCCUGUAAGAGGGAGUCUCACAAAGGUUGUAGGUGUUUACUGACUUUAUAAGAGAGGGUGUGUGUGUGUCUGUGUGUGUGUGCGUGUGUGUGUGUGUGUGUUGCUUGUGACCAAAAUGGCCGCCAUGAAAGUUGGCGGGAACAUAAACCAAAAGAGGGAAGCUAGCUAGAUCACAUUCUGAAUAGAAAACACAAGAAAAUCUGAGACUUUUAUUUAUUGAGUUCGACGUGUGUGUGAGUGUGUGUGUGUGUGUGUGUGUACAUAUCUUUGUCAAUGUCGCCAAUACGAGGGGAGAAAUGUGAUUUUUAUUUUGCCUCAUUGUGAGAUUUUCCUCGUUCGAUGAUCUUUUGCAUUCAGUGGUUACGUUUGGGUUUCUUUUGGUUGGGGCCGCUCUGUCAAACUGAACAGCUGACUUUGUUUUGUGUUUGUGUUUCUGCAGCCAAACGCACCGUUCAACCCAGGUGUCAGCCAAUUUAACGGGAAACAAUUUUGUACAAGUUUCAGAUUUUUCAGAAUGGUUUGUUUUACAUAGAAAUGCACACACUCCAGUUAUAUUUUACUGUAACGUCUGGGGACUCCUACGAGGAAAAUCAAUCCUUAAACUCAUAAGUUUUGAAACUUGUGACUGAUUUUUCUUUGUUUGAUUUCUGGUGGUGUUUCGGCUUUUUUGUGCUUCUUCAUGAUAUACGUUUUAAUUAAUUAUAAAGGAGGCUUUGUUUUAAAAACCAAAGAGACACAGCUGCUUUUUAUGGGACACCUAUUGCACAGUCUGAUUACCGUGCUAACAUUAACUACAGACACCAAAACACAGCUCAGCCACAUGAAGAGCUGUGUGAGGAAUCUGGCCUGCUUUUUACCAUGAAUCUGACACAAUCACAAGGAGUUCCUAUCGGCCCUGUAAAUGUUGCAGGAAGGGAUUCUGGGAAAUGACAUGGCACAGAUACAGGGAAGCAAUGUACCAUAACACUUCAUUUUAAGAGACAUAAAUUAUUAAAGGUGAAUCUUUUUGAGUUUGUUAAUCUGGAUUUUUUUUUUUCUUCCAUGUUGCUGCUUUCCUGAGAUUAACACUUCAGAUUGUAGAUUCACAGCAGAGUGGAGUAAGGUCGUGUCAGUGGUCGAGUUAUAUUUUAUUGUGUUAAACCAAAAAUUCAAAAUUCAAUCUCAGCCUAAAUUUGUUUAUAAGUGAAGGGUUCAUUACAGGAUAAAGGCCACUGAAUGUUAAACAGUGUAGUGUGAGAAUUCUGUGAUUAGAAAUCUUAGAUUAAAUUCAAAAUUCUGAGGUUAAAGUUGGAAUUCCAGGAUUCCAGGAAAGUCAGAAUUCUGAGAUUAAAUUUAGAAUUGUAUAGAUUACAGUCAGAUUUCUGAGAUAAUAUUCAGAAUUCUGAGAUUCAAUUCAAAAUUCUGAGAUUAUAUUUAUAAUUCUGAGAUUUAAGUUAGAAUUCUUAUUAAAGUUGAAAUGCUGAGAUUAAAGUCACAAUUCUUGGAUUAAAUUCUGAGAUUUGAGUUAAAAUUCUGAGAUUAGAAUUUUGAGAUCAAAGUCAGAAUUCUAGGAUUGAAGUAUGAAUUCUGAGAUUACAAUUCUGAGAUUGAAAUUAGAAUUCUUAGAUUAAAAUUAAAAUUCUGAUAUUAAAGUAAGAAUUAUGAGAAUAAAUUCAGAAUUCUGAGAUUAAAUUCAGAAUUCUGAUUUUAUAGUUCAGAGAUUAAGUUUCCAUCCUGUGAUCAAUUCAGCAUAAAUUCAGAAUUAUGAGAUGAAAUUCAGAAUUCUGUCAUUAAAUUCAGAAUUCUGACAUUAAAUUCAGAAUUCUGACAUUAAAUUCAGAAUUUUGAGAUUAAAUUCAGAAUUCUGAUUGUAUAGUUCAGAGAUUAAGUUUCCAUCCUGUGAUCAACUCAGCAUAAAUUCAGAAUUAUGAGAUGAAAUUCAGAAUUCUGUCAUUAAAUUCAGAAUUCUGACAUUAAAUUCAGAAUUCUGAUUUUAUAGUUCAGAGAUUAAGUUUCCAUCCUCUGAUCAACUCAGCAUAAAUUCAGAAUUAUGAGAUGAAAUUCAGAAUUCUGAGAUUAACUUUAUAAUUCUGAGAUUAAAUAAAAAAUCUAACAUUAAAGUCGGAAUUCUGAGAUUAAAUUUAAAAUUCUAAUAUCAAAGUCAGUACCCUGAGAUUAAAUUCAGAAUUCUGAGAUUGAAUUUAGAAUCCUGAGAUGAAAGUCAGAAAACAUAAACAGAAGAUUAUGUGAGAAUUGUAACUUUAAUCCCAGAAGUCUAUUUUAUUUUCUCAGAUUACUGAGAUUUAAGUUCUGACUUUUUCAGAGUUGUAAAAAGAUAAUCAGGAAUCCUUAUCUUGGUCCUUAUCUUUGGCUCAUAAACUAAUUUAGGCUGAGUUUGACGAACAGUACCUCUGUUGACCUACAACUCAACCAUGCUACUACACCGUACACUAAAUCAACCUGUUAGAAUAUAUUCUGUCAGAGUUAACUCUCAUGACGAUUGGCAUGAUAACAGCUCCACCUGAGCUAACCUAAGACUAAAUUGCUAAAGCUAGUUUGGAUGUAAAAACAACUGCUAAGCUAGCUAGCCAGCACCAGAAGCUAACGUUCAUUCAGUUUAAUCCUUUCACAGUAGUAGAAAGUCAUUUUAUUAUUACAUUAUAUAUCACUAAAGAGUCAAGUUUGGCAACACAUCAUUAACUUUACUCCAUCAUGGUAUCUGGUGCUGUCUGUGAAACAUUGAUUUCUUCUGCACAGUGGACAUCUGUGAGCUCAUGAAUUCACUCUGUCAAAUCCUUCUUUGGUUUGGGUUUGGGUUGAGGUCACAAAACUGAGGUUCAAAGAUUUUAGGAGGAUAAAACAUGAAUUUAUAAUUAUUUUAAUAUUAAGUUGUUAAAGUGAUCUGAUCCCUUUGAGGAGUGGAUUUUUUUCACAUCUUUAAGAACACUUUUGAUAUUUUUCAGGAUGAUUUUUCAAGGAGAAGUGAGUUAAUUUAAAUGAAAAUAACUUCUUCAAAGAAUUUAUGCACCACCCAGAUUGUACUAUAUAAACAUAUAUAUAUACUUAACACAACCAACGGGUUGUCCUCUUCAAACAGCACUUCUGCUUCAAAGAGAUCAUCUAUUUAUAGUUUUUUAAAAUGAGAAUUCCUUGAAAUUGAGUCAUGAAAUUCUUCUGUCGUUAGAAAUACAGGCACUUUAACAGAGACAGCAGUAUUUUCCCGAAAAAGCCACAAAUUUGCCAAAGUUGCUAGCUCAGUACUUCUGUAGUAAUACCUCUACUGACCAAGAUUUCUCAAUCAAACCUCCUAAACAUGACACAGCUUUUUUUUCCACUUCUCCGUAAAGUUACAGGAACUCGCUGACUCUCUGUUGUGUUGCCUUCAAUGUCUUUAAACGACUGUACUGGAUUAUUUUCAUUCCUGAAAUAUAUCUAACAAACACACACACACACACACUCAUUUCAAAUGACUGUUUUUGUUUGUUUUAAUGGCUGAGAUUAUCAUUCACAUGCUUUUGUUGGUGUUGUUUAUGCAUGUGCCUGUGUACAUGUUGGCCGACCCCAGUACCCCUCAUUUGUUUUCAUUUGUUUUGGGUUUGGGUUCAUUGUGUGUGUGUGUGUGUGUGUUUGUGUAUGUGUGUAUGAAUGCCUGUGAAUCAAGUGUGUUCAUGUUUUUUGUACCUCAGAACACUGUCAGUAAUUGUGGGAAACAAAGAUCUUUUUGUAUUUGUUAUUGACUUUGAUUUGGGAUCGGAGCGAAUGGGGCGAUCGAUGUUGUGUUUUGGGGGAUUAAAGUGAUCGUCCUUCAUUCUCUCUGGCAUGCUUUAAGUUAAAAAUAUCAACAGAGAAACAAGGUGUAAAUACUGUUUUAUAAUUUCUGUCUUAAUGAGUUUUGAAGAUGAAGAAGUUAUUAAUAAACCUGAGAUAUAUUUCUCUAUG